AUGCGCUUCCCGGCGUCCAUUUCGCUUGCAGCUCUCAGCCUGGUCGGAUCAACCGUCGCGCAUCCCUUGGUUGAGCAUGAGAAAGUCUUGGGUCACAAGUCAGAUUCUCAGGAGAAAGCUGAAGCAGUCAAAGAGGCUUUUCAGCAUGCAUGGGAUGGAUAUAUGAAAUAUGCUUUUCCUCACGAUGAACUGCACCCUGUGAGCAAUGGCUAUGGUGAUUCCAGAAAUGGAUGGGGUGCAUCGGCUGUAGAUGCUCUGUCUACUGCUAUUAUCAUGGGCAAGACGGAUGUAGUCAACACCAUCCUGGAUCACAUCUCGAAGAUCGACUACAGCCAGACGGAUUCCCAAGUCAGUCUGUUUGAGACCACCAUUCGGUACCUGGGAGGCAUGCUGUCUGGAUAUGAUCUGCUCAAGGGCCCCGCGGCGUAUAUGGUCCAAGAUUCGGACUUGGUGGACAACCUCCUGACCCAGGCGAAGAACCUCGGAGAUGUUCUCAAAUUCGCCUUCAACACUGGGUCGGGUGUCCCAUAUAAUGAUGUCAAUAUCACCUCUCAGGGCAACGACGGCUCGACCACCAACGGACUGGCAGUGACGGGCACCUUGGUCCUAGAAUGGACUCGCCUCUCUGAUUUAACGGGAGAUGAUGAAUAUGCCACUCUCAGCCAAAAGGCCGAGUCGUAUCUGUUGAACCCCAAGCCAGCCAGUGGGGAACCUUUCCCAGGCCUGGUGGGAAGUAACAUUGAUAUCGAUACUGGCAUGUUUACCGACGGCCGCGUCUCCUGGGAUGGUGGUGACGAUUCAUUCUACGAGUACUUGAUCAAGAUGUUCGUCUAUGACCCGACCCGGUUUGCUUUGUACAGAGACCGCUGGGUCCUGGCCGCAGAGUCUACCAUCGAAAAUUUGCAAGCCCACCCAAAGCCGCGCCCAGAUUUGACCUGGUUGACGUCUUAUGAGAACGGUCAACACUAUCUGAGCUCGCAACACUUGACCUGUUUUGACGGUGGAAGCUUCCUCUUGGGUGGCACCGUCUUGGGUCGCCAGGAAUUUGUUGACUUUGGGUUGAACCUGGUCCACGGAUGCGAGGCUACUUACAAUGCAACUCUGACCAAAAUUGGACCUGACUCUUGGGGCUGGGAUCCCAAGCAGGUGCCCAGUGACCAGAAAGAUUUCUAUGAAAAAGCCGGCUUCUACAUCACCAGUGGCGCGUAUAUUCUUCGCCCAGAGGUGAUUGAGAGCUUCUACUACGCAUAUCGCGUCACUGGCAAGGAAAUUUACCGCGACUGGGCGUGGAAUGCGUUUGUAGCCAUCAACGCUACCGCCCGUACUGAUUCUGGUUUCGCUGCUCUGAGUAACGUCAAUGCACCCAACGGCGGCUCAAAGUACGAUAAUCAGGAGAGUUUCCUCUUUGCCGAAGUCAUGAAGUACUCGUACAUUAUCCAUGCGGAAGAUGCCGAGUGGCAAGUUCAAACUGGAAAAAAGAACAGUUUUGUCUUCAACACCGAGGCCCACCCUGUGCGUGUGCAACACACCUAG